AGUUACGAUAUUUUAUUUCUCAGAAGCUGUGUGCAAUGAAAUAUUGUGUUGCAAUUGUAUUAUAAUAAAUGCAACUGCAUCAUGGGAUGGCAAAUUUUGUUAUGUUUUUUUUCUAUUUCGCUUUUAAUCAAAUGCCAAAAAAGUGUGGCAUACAAAAUACCAAUCGUGGAUAUAGAAAUGUUAAACGAUCGUGGAUUUAAGGUUUCAAUACCUGAUGAAAUGGGCAUGCAACGCGUCUUCUAUAUGCUGCAGGUGGAUGACAAAUGCCCAGCUCAUAUGGACUACAUAACACAAGCAACAAAUGGCACCUGGAGCAGCACACAACAAAUCAGUUUACACAAUAAUGACAAGCUUCAUAUCGCAUUGUUGGUGCAGUACAACGAUUUGAUCUAUGAGAAGAGCGAGACACGCGUGAUACUGAACACCCGCCUGCUGACCACUCAACACCGCUUAUCCCGCAAUAUCAGCUAUCCCAGCAACCAAGAAGAGUGCCAGGUUUAUCUAACGUCAAAAACGCCAAUCACAACUUGCAAACCAGCCAUCAGCAUAGUGAGCAACAAGCAAGGUACUUGCCAAGGUGAACUGCUCUUCGAAGACAAUUUUAGUGAGGCGCAACUUAAUCGUAGUGUUUGGACGCAUGACAUACGUCAACGCAUGUAUAAUGUGGAAGAGGAACUUGUGGCCUUCGACGACUCACCACGCAAUUCAUACGUGAAGGAUGGGUACCUAUACAUUGUUCCAACAGUGGCAAGCGAGGUGAAUCAGGGCGUUUAUCAACUGGGCGAUCGCUGUACGGCUGUGGAAAGUCCGCAGCUGGAGUGUAACAUUGCCCGAGGAAGCUACUAUAAGAUUAAUCCGCCGGUAUAUUCGGCUCAGUUGCAUACACGUAAAACCUUUAGUUUCAAAUAUGGAAAAAUUGUGGUUCGUGCUAAACUGCCUAUAGGCGAUUGGCUAUUUCCAUAUGUGAUGCUUCAGCCAGUUUCAACGCAUGUGGAAUCGCAUUAUGUCAAACAGCUUCGCAUCGCGUUUGCUCGGGGCAACUCUCACUUGCGCAGCACUCAGCAGGAGGACAUAUCGGGUAGUCGCUUAUAUGGCGGCAUGGUUGUUUGGAAUCAUGGACGCGCUGUGCAAUUUUUAAAAAAUCGACUUAACAAGAAUCAUUAUGGUAAUGACUUUCAUAAUUACACAAUGAUCUGGCAACAGGAUAAGUUAAUUCUCAUGGUGGACGAAAAGAUUUACGGAGAGCUUUACGACGGCUUGCCCUUUUUCAACGAAAAAUGUUUCAUCAUUUUUGGCGUUACAGUGGGCGGUUUUCUCAACUUUGAUGAUGAAAUUGUAUCUAAUGACGUAAAACCAUAUAAGAAUAGUGAGCCACGCGCCGCUCUCUCAUUUUGGCUACAGCGUGAUACGUGGGCUCCCACUUGGGAAAAGAGCAGCGCGAUGAUUAUUGAUUAUGUUCGUGUCUAUGCUGAGUAGUAUCGAUAUAUUAAUGUGAUUAGUCAUAGAACUUAAAUUAUGUUUGCUUUGUUUUUCAGAAAAUGAAAUUUAUAAAUGUUAUUAAAUGUAUUUUGCUUAUUAAA